AUGUCCGUCAUCAAAAAGCUACAAGAAACCUCGGCUUCAGGUUCCAUUACGACGUUGUUUCGUUUGGGCUCCGUAGCCGCUAUUUCUGCCGUUCCAAAGAGGCCUCCUUUUCACUCUCCUCAGGUUACGGGCUUUGGCUGGUGCCUCACUAUCCGUAAAAAGGGAAAGAGGAUUCAGCUAUGCUUCAAUUCCCAUAGUUGUCCGGAUGUAUGGUGUGGCACACUGGCCAAGGUCACGAUCUCUUUUCCAUCAUAUCCUGAUGUUGAUAUGUCCCUUACCGCAUCUAUCGCUGUGAUCCUCGGAUUUAGUGGUUUUGACGCAAAUGAUAAUCAUCCGCUGAUCACUUGUCCCGCUGAGAAGCUUGGAAAUGUCAUUGUCUCGCUGGAGGUCACCUUGACCAAAACACUGACAUGCAUGCCAUUCACUGUACCUGCACGCGUCAGGCCCGUACCGGGUGCACCUACCAGUGCUGAAGCGCCUAGAGCGUCUCAGACCUGCUCUGCCCUUCGUGUCCUCGAGCAAUCGCUCAAGACGGGAACUUCGUUUGACAUAGUAUUCCAAGCAUACACUCGUCGUUUGUCUCUCGGCAAAGUCGCCAGACCAAUUCCGAUCUAUGCGAGUACCGCUGUGCUGCAAACAACUUUACCAGACUUUUCCGGAGGAAACCUUGAUUCGUUCUCCCUCUUUGAACUGUCUGAAGGCGACACUCUCCCUUUCACUUCGCUGGAGAGUUAUGAACACGAUUCUGACAGUGACCUAGAUGACGAUGAUUUCGUCAUGAAUAACAACAAUCUUUCACCAGUCAACAAUAAAUCAAACGAAGACACGGCUGAUACUGGUUCAAUGUCGUCUUUGUCUAGCAUCGAAGAGCGACUGGACAACUGGCCAUCACUUGUUGGAGAUGUUGGGAUAGCGCCAGUUGUGAUCGGCGAGAACCUAAAGCGUGGAUCUCGAGUUAUUCUCGUAAAGGGUGUUGCCUGGAAGACGUGGCACGCCUUUAUUUAUUACUGUUACACUGGCAUCGUCAACUUUGUAAACUUGCGGUCUCAAAGUACACCUGACGAACAGAGUCGCUUAGAAGAUGGUCGACCACAUUGCUCCCCGAAGUCUAUGUAUCAAUUGGCUAGGAAGCUUAACAAUGAAACAUUAUCUCGACUUGCUUUAAAGGCCAUUGAAACCAAGCUGUCCGCGGCCAACAUACUGGAUGAAGCAUUCUCCAAAUUUACUUCCAGGCAUGAUGCUGUCAGAGUAAUGGAAAUUUCCCUCCUGCUGAAAUAUAGGAAUGCGUCGGAAGUUGUGCAAGGUCUCCCAGCUAAAAUGGAAGCUGUGGCCAGGGGUAACAUGCCCAACGCUGGACAGGUUCUCACUGCGUUAAUUAUGCAGGUGCCUGGCCAGAAUUGA